GUAACAACAGAUAUUUCUUUGGUAAACGAGGAACAUUUCUGCUCUGGAGUGACUGAAACAGCACAUAGUGACAUAUUAACAUGUGUUCUGUGCUAUGGGACCUUCUCUGAUCAAGACUUCAUCUCAGUGUUUGAUAUUCUUUCCAGAUCAGGGGAAUCAAAGAGGCCCGGAAAAGCUCCACUAGGCUACACUGCAUGCAUCGGUGUGUGGAAAAAGCUAUAGAUGGAGAUGCAAAGGCAAAGCAAAGCUCAGGAAAGAAGAAAGGUGUCUGCACUGCAUUGCAUGGAGUAAAAGUAAAACCAACCAAAUCUCACGUACAACACUCAGCAGGCAGAACAAGUAAGUCCAACUGUACUCUGCCCAUCCUACAUGUGCCCCAUGUGGGCAGCAACACCAGGUCUUUCCCGUAUUUCUUUCUUACCCAGCACUCCUCUCCUCCUACCCUGGCCGUGCACAACACACCCUGUACAAAAGGGCUCUCGUUUUCUUCUGAACCCAGAGGAAGCACAAGAAUACAUCUCCAGUUCUAUCCCUGAAACGCGAAGAGAAGGCAGCAGUGUAAGUUCAUCAGAUUGAUACACCCGUACAUGUCGGAGGAGCCACUGAACAGAAUGGAGGGGACAGCCAGACGGCGUGCCAGCCCAGCCGGGAUACGUACCAGGCCUGCCAGGGUGGAGCCGGAGCCGCCGCCAACCAAGAGGUACGAGAUAGGGACGGCGAGGGUGGCGGUGGUGUAUUACCUGUGCCGCAACCAACACCUGGAGCAUCCACACUUCAUGGAGGUGCCCCUCGCCUCCCCACAAGGCCUCUACCUGCGAGAUGUGAUGAGCCGAUUGGAUGCCCUGAGAGGGAAGGGCAUGGCAGCCAAGUAUUCCUGGUCCUGCAAAAGGAGAUACAAGAAUGGAUUUGUGUGGCAUGACCUGUCCGAGGGGGAUCUGCUGCUGCCCUCACAAGGCACCGAGUACGUCCUCAAGGGCUCCGAGCUCCAACUUGACCAGUCGACACCAGUUUCAGAUCACCAGCAGGAUAGUAGUGCAAACAAUGCAAAGGUUCAGCUUCCCAAGCCAGCUCAGCAGCAAGAGUCACCUCGUUCUACUGGAACAAAUCAAGGGUGGCCUUCAACGUGUCCAUCUCCUGCUCCUACUACUGAACCUGCUGUUGCAGUCGUCAAAGAAGAGGCAGUACCACUGUCGCCUCCUCGUGUUGCUGUUGUUUCAGCCACCAAAAAGAUAUUGCCACCACCAGCUCCCCAACCAGCAUUGCUGUCACCACCAUCUGCUUCCACCAUCGGGUACGACGAGCAAUGCAGAAUGCCACAUUCAGGCUCCUCAAGCGACUCGUCCCCCAAGGCGAGCAUGCCGUCCUCAGGCGCAAGCUCACCUGGCCUCAACAAUCAGGCAGCAGCGCACGAUGCAGCCACACAGACAGAUGAUAAAGCGAGGCGGGACAGCACAAAGCAUCAACAGGGACAAGACACGGCAGGAGUAACCCCGGAAAACCCAGAAAUCGUCUGCGAGUCCCACUCCAAGCGUCGAGCUGCAGCGGAGCAACCUUCUGGUAGAAGGAGCGGUACGCUGCAGUCGCUGAUAAGGGCGGAAGCAGCCGGCAGGAGGAGAGGUCUGCUGGAGGAGGAUGAAAGAACUGCCACGAUCUCCGUCAGCGGCAGGCUGAAGCCGGCCAACCUGCUCAUGUGCCUCAUGACCUGCGGGCCGCACAACCCUGGCUCUGGCCUCGUUCGGACCUCCAAUAAGCAGCGGUUCACGAGGCUCGAGUACCCGUCGUCAUCUCCAGAACUGUACCCUCUUGGCGAGCUGAAGCCUGGGACUACUAGUGCGUUCACCGCCGGAGGUUCAGAGACAGAGAAUUCCGCGAGUAACCGGCUCGACAGUGCUUCGGGCAAGCUUAAACCCUCUUCGUCUCGCGGUCACCAGGAUGGAGUCUGCGAGGAAGCACACCCGUCGAAAUGGGACUCGGCUAACCCGUCCAGGAGCGCGAGCAACAAUACUUUUAAGGCCGUGUCGUUCCACGAUGAAAAUGAGAAAGGGGUCAAAAUGGAAGAAAGGCAGUAGAGUGGUAUAAAAUUGUAUCUGAAGACUUUAGUAGUAUUGCUCUUUUCAUAUUUGUGUAGUCUGUAUUUAAGAGUAUACAUGAAACUGAACAUGAACUACUACUACUGCAAGAUUUCUUCGGGAGCUCUGGUUGUGAUCCACUAAUCGAUUGCUCCAAGAAACUCAGUGCAUUGUUUCGGUGCCAAUGCAAUGAAAUUAGGUGCGGUUCCUUCUU